UCGAGGGUGAAUAGGCUCUAAAAACAGAACAGGAAGGGGAAAAUAACCCAGAAAAUGAUGUAUAUACUGCAGCGGCGUCCGUGGUUGAGCGUGGGUUUGUACACUCCAUGAAGGUUUGGACACAACACAUCCUCAGGUAUGUCUGUCCCGCCGCCGCGGUGUACCUGGUGGCCACGCAGGUGUGCAGCAGCUUCCUUAAACCCGGUGAAUCCGAGCGCCAGCCGAUGCGGGGAGUCACGGGGCCUGACACUCCGUCCUGCCGCGCCCUCUUCACCGUCACGGACGUUGCCCGCCGCCAAGCAACUAACGUCAGUCUCUUCAUACACGACCUUCAAGGGUAUUCGCCUCCUCACAAGCUCAAUGGAGACUGGAGGGCGCGGGCACCCCCCGGUCCCGGCCCCAGCUCCGGCACCUCCGCCGCGACUGCUGGGGUGGUGCGGCAGCUGCUCCUGAAAAGAGACUCGCCGUCAGGAGCCUCCACGGCAGACUACUCCCCGCUGGCCGCCCUCCUUCCCUCCGUGCUGGCCCGCCAGGCAGGGGGUGAGGGCAGCGCCCCGACGGUCACCACCGCCAAAACUAAAACCACCACCAGGAUUGACGCCGCCGGUGGGCUGCUGCCCUACGUGCCAUGUCAAAUAGCGACCUAUGCUGACCCUGCCUCCGCCACCGCCUGCUUCAGGGAGAGGCUGAGAAAGGAUGACUCCUUAUGGAUCUUCUUCAUGGGGGACUCCAAGAUUAGGUAUCUCUUUUAUGAGUUUCUCGCCAGAACAGACGAUGAGCUCCACUACUUGGUCAAACUUCCCGUAAGUCUCAGACUCCACCGGUUAAAUUUGUUUAUUGUGAAAACAAUUUGUAUUUUCCUGACACAAUGUUCACAAAACAGCAGCAAACCCUUUAGUGUGGUGCGUAGGAAUCUCGUGGUUCUCAAUGACGAUAGAGAAGCUUCCAGUGUGGAGCUGCCUGGACUUCUUGUGUCAUUUGAGUUCCGGACGUUCGAAAAUCAAGCCGUGGCAGAUUUGAGGAGCAGCGCGGAGGUACAGCAGCUGGCGCGGUGGGCGGCGGGGCUGGAGGCGCCGCCACACCUGCUGGUGCUGGGCUACUCGUCGUGGAUGCUUCGGAGGAUGACUUUCGCGAAGGGUCCGCUCCUGCAUGAUGCGCUCGGCUAUCUGACGGACAUGCACAAGGUCGGUCAGCGAACUCGAGUAGUCGUAACGUCCCAGGGCAGGUACAAGAAUCACGCAGCUGUUGGAGAGAGAGCGAUGAGACAAGCAUUUCUUGCCGACCCAAACUUUGGCUGGAGCGAGGCCGCGUUCCUGCACUAUCUGCGGCGGCACCCACAACAGCCGACACAAUCCUCACCGCCUCGUGCAUCCUCUGCGAGGGUCAUGAAGGAACGAGGGAGCCGCCACGGCGCAGGGACCCGAGACCACCUGGUGCCCGGGCCGGACGACGGCGGAGUGUGGUGGUGGGACACGAUUCUGCCACUGAGCCUGGCGGAGAACAGCGAGUGUGAGGAGCUGUUCCACAGUGGCCUGGCACAUCACUCUUUGUACACCAGCGCUUUCCUCAGGUGUUACGACGACAACCACGUGGGCAACGUCACUCUGGGGGACCAGGUCAUGAUGCUGCUGAACCUGGCGUGCAACUCCGUGCUGGGGGGGCGCGAGGGGCUGUGCUGUGGCUAACGCGAUGGAUGUAACAGUGAGGCCUGGAGGGACUAUGCUGUGGCUAACGUGAUGGAUGUAACAGUAAGGUCUGGAGGGACUAUGCUGUGGCUAACGCGAAAGAUGCAAGCAGAGAGGCCCCGAGGGGCUGUGCUGUGACUAAGAGAUAGAUAGAAAUAUAGAUGGAAUAAAGACACUCAGGUAGACCAAACGGUUUCAUGCACCUUUGUCGCGCCUGUGUUCCUAUCCUGGCUAUCCUUACCGAGCUCCCUUCCACUAGCCACCACAAAUAGGGGCUUCAUAGUGUAGUGGUUAACACACUCGGCUCACAACCGGGAGAGCCCGGGCUCGAUUCCCGGGCGGAGUGGAAACAUUUGGGCGGCUUUUCCGAUACCCUAACGCCCCUGUCCACCCAACAGUGAAUGGGUACCAGGUAUUAGUCGGGGGUUGUGUCCCGUCUCCUGGGAUCUGUUCCCUUCUCCUAUAAUUCCUUCCCCUCCUGUCUCUCUCCAGCUCCUGACCACAGAUGUUGCGCCGACUAAACGAAACUUCAAACUUUUUCCACUACCCACCACAUCCUACUGUCUCGACUUACCCCAGGAUCCCCCCCCCCCCCCCUGCUAAGUGCACGGCCAAUAACUACACCCCAAUGGACCUUCAUGGUAGUCCCCGCUAAGUGGCGUGUCUCUCUGUCCAGUAACUUCCUUCUCUGCCCUUAGAUUCACUUCGCUAAUGUUCCCUGUAUUAUUUUUACAGCAAGCGAGGCAGCUCAAUGGCAAAAAACAAACAAACAAGCAAAUAAAAAGGUCCGCUAGUUAUAUUUCACCUAGUGGUAUAUAUAAACACAAGACAAGAAAAAAAAUAGGCAAAUAGCACAACUUGAUGAAUAAAGUCGCACUUAUUUCAGAGAUAUUUGCAAGCCUAUUUUGGUUAUGUUCUUUCCUGUGGUUUUCCGGGAGGUUUGAAGUUGAGUAGAAGACAUAUAUGACAACAGAAGAGCAGUUGGUAUUUUCACACUUGUUUCAAUCUCUGCUCCCUUUCCUGUGGUUUUCUGAGAGGUUUUGAAUGUUCGAUGAGGACAUGG